AUGGUAUUGGAUUUAGAUCUGUUUCGAAAAGACAAAGGCUUUGAUCCGGAUAAAGUGCGAGAAAAUCAGAAGAAACGGUUCAAAGAUGUAAAUUUGGUCGACACGGUGAUCGAAAAGGAUAAAAUUUGGCGUCAGCUGCGACACAAAGCUGACAAUUUGAAUAAAUUUAAAAAUGUGUGCAGCAAAGAGAUAGGAGAGAAAAUGAAAAAAAAAGAAGCGAUCGACGGUGACGACAGUGUUUCGAAGGACAUUCUUGAAAACCUGGAAAAUUUAUCGCCCGAUAACCUGAAAUCGUUAACGGUUGCACAAAUAAAAACUGUUCGUAGUUUCAUCGACGAUGCUAUUCGAACGAACGAUAAAAAUUUAAUCUCGACCGAAUUGGAAAGAAAUCGUGCCCUUAAAGAAAUAGGAAACGUAUUGCACGAGUCUGUACCGAUCAGCAACGACGAAGAGGAAAACAAGGUUGAGAGAACGUACGGAGAUUGUACGCAACAAAAGAGAUAUUCUCACGUUGAUUUGAUACACAUGAUAGACGGUAUAGACGGAGAACGUGGCACUAGCGUUUCAGGUGGACGUGGUUAUUUUUUAACAGGACCGGCUGUUUUUUUGCAGCAUGCGUUGAUUCAAUUGGCUCUCAGGCAGUUACAAGCAAAGGGUUACAAGCCACUUUACACUCCGUUCUUCAUGCGUAAAGAUGUUAUGCAAGAAGUAGCACAAUUGUCUCAAUUCGACGAGGAAUUGUACAAGGUAAUCGGCAAGGGCAGUGAGCGCAACGACGACAAGGAAAUUGAGGAAAAAUAUUUGAUCGCUACGUCGGAGCAACCGAUAGCUGCGUUUCAUAGAAACGAAUGGAUCUCUGAAAAUAUUUUACCAAUUAAAUAUGCAGGAUUGUCCACGUGUUUUAGACAAGAAGUUGGAUCUCACGGACGCGAUACCAGAGGCAUUUUUAGAGUUCAUCAGUUUGAAAAAGUGGAGCAAUUCUGCUUAACAUCGCCGUACGAUGAUAAAUCUUGGCGAAUGAUGGAAGAAAUGAUCUCGAACGCAGAAGAAUUUUACAAAACUCUGGAAAUUCCUUAUCGCAUAGUGAACAUAGUAUCGGGCGCGUUGAACAAUGCUGCUUCGAAGAAAUUAGACUUGGAAGCGUGGUUCCCAGGAUCGAAUGCUUUCCGCGAACUUGUCUCGUGCAGCAAUUGCUUGGAUUAUCAAGCAAGACGUUUGCUCGUCAGGUACGGUCAGACCAAAAAGAUGAAUGCCAACACAGAUUAUGUUCAUAUGUUGAACGCAACGAUGUGUGCGGUUACUCGUGUUAUAUGUGCAAUUUUAGAGGUACAUCAAACUGAUACUGGCAUUAAAAUGCCAAAAGUUCUUGCUCAGUUCAUGCCGGCGGAAUACGAAAAUGAAAUUCCGUUCGUCAAACCGGCACCUAUCGAUGAAACAGAUGUGAAAAAACAAAAGAAGCAAAAGGAACGGAAAAGUAUCGUUGCUUGA